AAGAUUUUGUUUUCUUUUUUUUUCCUAACAACGUUGUAUUUUUUGUUUUUAGGAAUCACUUAUUCCCAUCAGUCAUCGAGGGACAUGUCGAUUGCCUAAUUGGCAUCCUCGUCUCGAGCCCCAUCUAGAGAGGAUGGGAUUGCACAUGCUGAGGCAUUUCAUGUGGCUUGAUAUCGACAACGAUCUGCUUAUGGCAAUGGCAGAGCGAUGGCGCCCCGAAGUGCAUACCUUCCCGGGGAAAUGACGAUCACCCUUAGAGAUGUUGCCCUACUCACCAGGCUGCCGGUCACUGGAGAGGCCAUCAUCGUCAACUCAAGUAAACCCGAAGGUGGUUGGGGGCCGUUGAUUCUUGAGCGUUUGGGGUUCAACAUGCCGACCACAAUGCCUGUUCAAGGGGUUGGGCAUCCACCGCUCAAUGCGGGGCAAGUUUCAAUCUCGUGUCUUGUUGAACACAUCAAACAGGAAGUGAAUUUAGGGCCAGACACCCCCGAAAAUCAGGUGGAGCGAUAUGCACGCGUCUACCUCAUUGGAUUGGUUGGUGGAUUUCUGUUCCCCGACAAGGCAAACCGGUGAAUUCAAGGCAUGUGGUUGCCGUUGCUCCUCGGUGAUUGGGACGAGAUCGGGGGAAAGAGUUGGGGCUAUGCCAUAUUGGCUGGGAUCUACCGAGAGCUGUGCACUUACUCGAGGUUGCGAGCGAAACAAGCAGGAGGUGCAAUGGUCAUACUCCAACUCUGGGCAUGGGAGCAUCUUGCAAUGUUCGCUCCCCGAGACCCGCGGGAAUUUUUGGGUCCAGAUGAGGAGCUACGCUUUCUAGCAAAUUCCCCCUAUGGUGUCAAGUAAGACUAAUUUACAUGCUAAUUUUAUUCCAAGUAUGCUAUUUUUGUAUUUUAAUGAAUUUAGUUAUUUUAG